AAUCCCAAUCUCAGAGAUUCUUGCUCUGCCCCCAAACCCAACCCUCUUCAAAAAACAAAAAAUUACAAAGUUUCCUCUGUUUUUUUUUAUCUUGAUUAAAAAACCAGAGAGACACAAAACAAAGGAAAUGAGAUCAAGCCCGUCGUUUUGUUCGAGGUCCCUAAAGUAGUAGAUAGAUAACCAAAAUUAAAACCCUUUUUGGGGAAGAGACUCAUCGAAGUCUCUUAUUAACUCUGCUUCCUCUUUUUCUUCAAUUUUAUUUUAUUUGUUCUGUUUUCUCUGUAAUGGCGUUUUCAAGUGUACCCAGAAUCUAAAUAGGCUUUUCAAGUGAACUAAUUUGAGAGAAAGGUUUCAUUUUUUUUUGUUUUUUUUGUUUCUGAUGGCGGUUUCAGAGCAGAGUCAAGACGUGUUUCCAUGGCUUAAAUCGUUGCCGGUUGCUCCAGAGUUCCGACCUACUUUAGCAGAGUUCCAAGAUCCGAUCGCUUACAUUUUUAAGAUCGAAGAAGAAGCUUCCAAGUACGGAAUCUGCAAAAUUUUGCCUCCAGUGCCUCCUCCUUCCAAGAAAACUUCGAUUUCUAACCUUAACCGUUCUCUGGCGGCUCGAGCAGCGUCGAGGGUUCGUGACGGUGGUAAGAGUUCGUGCGAUUAUGACGGUGGUCCAACAUUCGCCACGCGUCAACAGCAGAUCGGGUUUUGCCCUAGGAAGCAGCGUCCGGUGCAGAGACCCGUGUGGCAGAGCGGAGAGCAUUACAGUUUUGGUGAGUUCGAGGCCAAAGCUAGGAGCUUUGAGAAGAAUUAUCUCAAGAAAUGUGGUAAAAAGAGUCAACUCUCUCCGCUAGAAAUCGAAACCCUUUACUGGAGAGCCUCAGUGGAUAAACCCUUCUCUGUUGAGUACGCCAAUGACAUGCCUGGCUCGGCUUUUAUACCUCUGAGUCUAGCAGCUGCAAGGAGGAGAGAGUAUGGUGGUGAUGGAGGAACAGUGGGUGAGACAGCUUGGAACAUGAGGGCAAUGGCUAGAGCUGAAGGAUCGUUGCUUAAGUUCAUGAACGAGGAGAUUCCUGGAGUUACAUCUCCAAUGGUGUAUAUUGCUAUGAUGUUUAGUUGGUUUGCUUGGCAUGUCGAGGACCAUGACCUUCAUAGUCUCAAUUACUUGCAUAUGGGUGCUGGUAAAACUUGGUACGGCGUGCCAAAGGAUGCUGCCGUUGCUUUUGAGGAGGUGGUUAGGGUUCAUGGUUAUGGUGGAGAGCUUAAUCCUCUUGUUACAUCAUAUACUCUUGGUGAGAAGACAACUGUGAUGUCCCCUGAAGUAUUUCUUAAAGCCGGAAUACCGUGUUGUAGGUUAGUACAGAAUCCUGGAGAGUUUGUUGUCACUUUUCCAAGAGCAUAUCAUUCAGGGUUUAGUCAUGGAUUCAACUGUGGCGAAGCAUCUAACAUUGCAACUCCGGAAUGGUUGAGAAUGGCCGAUGAUGCUGCCAUCCGGCGAGCUGCGAUAAAUUACCCUCCAAUGGUUUCUCAUCUUCAGUUACUAUAUGACUAUGCAUUGGCUCUACGUUCUAGAGUGCCAGCAAUCAUCAACACCAACUCACGGAGUUCUAGAUUGAAAGAUAAGAAAAGAAGCGAAGGAGAAAGAUUGACCAAAAAGCUAUUUGUUGAAAACAUUAUCCGCAACAAUGAAUUGCUCUCUUCUCUUGGAAAAGGAUCCCCAGUGGCCCUUCUCCCACAGAGUUCCUCAGAUAUAUCAGUUUGUUCUGACCUGCGAAUUGGAUCCGAGUUGAGAACUAACCAGGAAAAGCCAAUCCUAUUAAAGGAUAAGGACUUAAGUUGUGAUAGUGUUAUGGUCAGUUUCAAUAACGGUUUAAAGGAUACAGUUUCAGUGAAAGAAAAGUUUUCAUCUUUAUGUGAAAGGAACAGAAAUCACCUGGCAAGCAGGGAGAAUGUAACUCAAGAAACUCUGUCUGAUGCUGAAAGGAGGGAAGAAGGUGGAGCUGUUAGGCUUUCGGAUCAGAGGCUAUUCUCUUGUGUUACAUGCGGAGUCUUAAGCUUUGAUUGUGUAGCUAUUGUUCAACCUAAAGAAGCAGCAGCUAGAUUUAUCAUGUCUGCAGAUAGUAGCUUCUUCAAUGAUUGGACAGCUGUUUCCAAAUCUGCAAAUCUUGAUCAGGAGGCAAGUGCUCCUGUUGUGAAGCUUUCACAAAGCACGGAAAAGCAUGAUGCAGAUUACUUCUACAAUGUCCCUGUUCAAACUACGGAUCACUCAAUGAAAACAAGCGGUCAAACAACUUCAACAGCUUCUUUAACAAAACCCCAUAAAGAAGAUGGUGCUCUUGGGUUGUUAGCCUCAGCCUAUGGAGAUUCUUCGGAUUCCGAUGAAGAAGAUGACAUUAUUGUCUCGGAAGAGCAAAACUAUGACCAAAGUGGUUCUUGUGCAUAUGAAACACAGUCUUUUGUUACAAAUGUCAACGAGGAGGCUAGAGAUGGUCGAUCUUCUCAUUUGAACAGCCAAAGACUUGUAUGUGGGAAAGAGAAAGGUGUUAUUGAGGGCUCACAUGCUACUUCAACUUGUUCGACACUUUCAUCACCUGUGGAAAUAGCUUUACCAUUUGUUCCAAGAUCUGAUGACGAUUCCUGUCGGUUGCACGUGUUUUGUCUUGAGCAUGCUGCAGAAGUGGAACAGCGACUACGUUCUAUUGGGGGGAUUCACAUGAUGUUACUAUGCCAUCCAGAGUACCCCAGGAUAGAAAGUGAAGCAAAGAUAGUUGCUGAAGAACUUGCCAUCAAUCACAAUUGGAAUGAUACUGAAUUUAGGAAUGUGACCCGAGAAGAUGAGGAAACGAUUCAGGCAGCGUUGGAUUAUGUUGAAGCUAAGGGUGGGAACAGUGAUUGGACUGUAAAAUUGGGUAUUAACCUUUCUUACAGCGUUAUUCUCAGUCGCUCUCCUCUGUAUAGUAAGCAGAUGCCUUACAAUUCUGUCAUAUACAAUGCAUUUGGUCGUAGCUCACCAGCAACGAGCUCACCCUCGAAACCUGAAGUUUCUGGUAUGAGAUCUUCCAGACAGAGGAAAUAUGUUGUUGGAAAAUGGUGUGGUAAAGUUUGGAUGUCGCAUCAGGUGCAUCCCUUUUUGCUGGAGCAGGACUUAGAGGGGGAAGAAUCGAAAAGAAGUUGUCAUCUCCGAGCUGAUAUGGAUGAGGAUUUCACUGGAAAGAGAUUGUUUCCUUCUAGAGAUGCAACCACAAUGUUUGGAAGAACGUAUUGUAGGAAGAGAAAUACAAGAGCAAAGGCUGUGCCACGCAAAAAGCUUACUUCUUUUAAGAGGGAAGAUGGAGAUUCGGAUGACACAUCAGAGGAUCAUUCUUAUAAGCAGCAGUGGAGGGCUUCGGGUAACGAGGAAGAGUCUUAUUUUGGGACAGGGAAUACGGCUUCUGGAGAUUCGUCAAAUCAAAUGACUGAUCAGCAGAUCAAGGGAAUUCGUCGACACAGGGGUGUUAAAGAAUUUGAGUCAGAUGAUGAGGUUUCAAACCGUUCACUUGGAGAAGAAUAUACUGUAAGGAAACAUGCAAUUUCAGAGAGCUCAACAGAGAAUAGUUUUCAGCUGUAUCAACAGUCAAUCGAUAGAAAUGCUUUGGAGGACUCUGUAUAUGGUCGUGAUGAUGGUAAUAUCUACAGGCACCUCAGGAGUAUUCCAAAGAGCAAACGGACCAAAGUGUUUAGAAAUCCGGUUUCAUAUGAUUCAGAAAAAAAUGAUGUUUAUCGGGAAAAAGGAAACAGACAAGCUAGUCGAAUAGGUGUUGAGUAUGAUUCAGCUGAGGAUUCUUUGGAGGAACAAGAUUUUUGCAUUACAGGGAAAAGACAAACAAGGUCUACAGCUAAACGAAAAGUAAAAAACGAGGUAGUUCAGAGUCCGAGAGAGAAGAAUGAAGAACUGGAUUCAUACAUGGAAGGACCUAGCACACGGCUUAGGGUGAGAAUACCGAAGCCCUCGAGAGGGACUUUAGAAACAAAACAAAAGAAGAUUGGUAAGAAAAGAAGUAGGAAUGCUUCCUUCUCCAGAGUUGCAAGUGAAGAAGAUGUGGAGGAAGAUGAAGAAGAAGAAGAGAAUGACAAAGAGGAAUUUGCGGCGUACAAAUGUGACAUGGAGGGUUGCACGAUGAGUUUCAGUACAGAAAAACAGUUGGGUUUGCAUAAAAGAAACAUCUGCCCUAUCAAAGGCUGUGGUAAAAACUUAUUCUCACACAAGUAUUUGGUUCAACACCAGCGCGUUCACUCAGACGACCGUCCUCUUAAAUGUCCAUGGAAAGGAUGUAAGAUGACGUUCAAAUGGUCUUGGUCUAGAACCGAGCACGUAAGAGUUCACACAGGUGCCAGGCCUUACAUAUGCGCUGAACCGGGGUGUGAUCAAACAUUCAGAUUUGUCUCUGACUUCAGCCGGCAUAAACGGAAGACAGGUCAUUCAGUCAAGAAGACCAAAAAAAGAUGAUAUAUACAUAAAGAGAUUAACUAAUCCAUUGGAAUUUGGGAGGCAUUAUUUUAGUCAAAGUCUUAACAUUUGGAAACAGUCAAUUGUUGUUGCAUUUACAGAUUCUCGUCUU